GCGGGCAAUGAGCUGGGUGCGGUGAGGCGCGCAGAUCCCCGCGGUUCCUGGGCAGGGCACGGAAGGCCGAGCGAGGCUGACCUGCUGCAGCUCCCGCCUCGCGCGCUCGCUCCACCCCGCUGCUGCUGUCGCCGCCCGAGCGCUCCCGAAAGCCCUCUCAGGAGAAAGCGGAGUCUGUUCCCCGGGAGACAUUCAGGUUCAGGUCCUGGCUGUAAGUCACCAUGGCACAGCAAGCUGCUGAUAAGUAUCUCUACGUGGACAAAAAUUUCAUCAAUAACCCGCUGGCCCAGGCUGACUGGGCAGCCAAGAAGCUGGUAUGGGUGCCUUCGGACAAGAGCGGCUUCGAGCCUGCCAGCCUCAAGGAAGAGGUGGGCGAGGAGGCCAUUGUGGAGCUGGUGGAGAAUGGGAAGAAAGUCAAGGUGAACAAGGAUGACAUCCAGAAGAUGAACCCGCCCAAGUUCUCCAAGGUGGAGGACAUGGCCGAGCUCACGUGCCUCAACGAGGCGUCCGUCCUGCACAACCUCAAGGAGCGCUACUACUCAGGGCUCAUCUAUACCUACUCAGGCCUGUUCUGUGUGGUCAUCAACCCCUACAAGAACCUGCCCAUCUACUCGGAAGAGAUAGUGGAGAUGUACAAGGGCAAGAAGAGGCAUGAGAUGCCCCCCCACAUCUAUGCCAUCACGGACACUGCCUACAGAAGUAUGAUGCAAGACCGAGAGGACCAGUCCAUCCUGUGCACGGGUGAGUCUGGAGCUGGCAAGACAGAAAACACCAAGAAAGUCAUCCAGUAUCUGGCUCAUGUGGCCUCCUCACACAAGAGCAAGAAGGACCAGGGCGAGCUGGAACGGCAGCUGCUGCAGGCCAACCCUAUCCUGGAGGCCUUUGGGAAUGCCAAGACCGUCAAGAAUGACAACUCCUCGCGCUUUGGCAAGUUCAUUCGCAUCAACUUUGAUGUCAACGGCUACAUUGUGGGUGCCAACAUCGAGACUUAUCUCUUGGAGAAGUCCCGUGCUAUCCGUCAAGCCAAGGAAGAACGGACCUUCCACAUCUUCUACUACCUCCUGUCCGGGGCCGGGGAGCACCUGAAGACUGACCUUCUGUUGGAACCCUACAACAAGUACCGCUUCCUUUCCAAUGGGCACGUCACCAUCCCUGGGCAGCAGGACAAAGACAUGUUCCAGGAGACCAUGGAGGCCAUGAGGAUUAUGGGCAUCCCGGAGGAGGAACAGAUGGGCUUGCUGCGGGUCAUCUCCGGGGUCCUGCAGCUUGGCAACAUCGUUUUCAAGAAGGAGCGUAACACCGACCAGGCGUCCAUGCCGGACAACACAGCUGCCCAAAAAGUGUCCCACCUCCUGGGCAUCAAUGUGACCGACUUCACCAGAGGAAUCCUCACCCCGCGCAUCAAGGUGGGCCGGGAUUAUGUCCAGAAGGCACAGACGAAAGAGCAGGCUGACUUUGCCAUCGAGGCCUUGGCCAAGGCCACCUACGAGCGCAUGUUCCGCUGGCUGGUGCUGCGCAUCAACAAAGCUCUGGACAAGACCAAGCGCCAGGGCGCCUCCUUCAUCGGGAUCCUGGACAUCGCUGGCUUCGAGAUCUUUGAUCUGAAUUCCUUCGAGCAGCUGUGCAUCAACUACACCAACGAGAAGCUGCAGCAGCUCUUCAACCACACCAUGUUCAUCCUGGAGCAAGAGGAGUACCAGCGCGAGGGUAUCGAGUGGAACUUUAUCGACUUCGGCCUCGACCUGCAGCCCUGCAUUGACCUCAUCGAGAAGCCAGCUGGCCCUCCAGGCAUCCUGGCCCUGCUGGAUGAGGAGUGCUGGUUCCCCAAAGCCACCGACAAGAGCUUCGUGGAGAAGGUGGUGCAAGAGCAGGGCACUCACCCCAAGUUCCAGAAGCCCAAGCAGCUGAAGGACAAAGCGGAUUUCUGCAUCAUCCACUAUGCUGGCAAGGUGGACUACAAAGCCGAUGAGUGGCUGAUGAAGAACAUGGACCCCCUGAACGACAACAUUGCCACUCUCCUGCACCAGUCCUCUGACAAGUUUGUGUCAGAGCUCUGGAAGGAUGUGGACCGCAUCAUCGGCCUGGACCAGGUGGCCGGCAUGUCCGAGACGGCGCUGCCUGGGGCCUUCAAGACUCGGAAGGGCAUGUUCCGCACAGUGGGGCAGCUCUACAAGGAGCAGCUAGCCAAGCUCAUGGCCACGUUGAGGAACACCAACCCCAACUUCGUCCGCUGCAUCAUCCCCAAUCACGAGAAGAAGGCCGGCAAACUAGACCCGCACCUAGUGCUGGACCAGCUGCGCUGCAACGGCGUCCUGGAGGGCAUCCGAAUCUGCCGCCAGGGCUUCCCCAACAGGGUGGUCUUUCAGGAGUUCCGGCAGAGGUACGAGAUCCUGACACCCAACUCCAUUCCCAAGGGCUUCAUGGAUGGAAAGCAGGCAUGCGUGCUCAUGAUCAAAGCCUUGGAGCUCGACAGCAACCUGUACCGCAUUGGUCAGAGCAAAGUCUUCUUCCGGGCUGGCGUUCUGGCCCACCUGGAAGAGGAACGGGACCUGAAGAUCACUGACGUCAUCAUCGGUUUCCAGGCCUGCUGCAGGGGCUACUUGGCCAGGAAAGCUUUUGCCAAGCGGCAACAGCAGCUGACGGCCAUGAAAGUUCUGCAGAGGAACUGUGCCGCCUACCUCAAGCUGCGCAACUGGCAGUGGUGGCGGCUCUUCACCAAGGUCAAGCCGCUGCUGCAGGUAAGCCGGCAGGAGGAGGAGAUGAUGGCCAAGGAAGAGGAGCUGGUGAAGGUGCGAGAGAAGCAGCUGGCUGCCGAGAACAGGCUCACGGAGAUGGAGACACUGCAGUCUCAGCUCAUGGCCGAGAAGUUACAGUUGCAGGAGCAACUGCAGGCAGAAACAGAGCUGUGCGCUGAGGCCGAGGAGCUCCGGGCCCGGCUGACGGCCAAGAAGCAGGAGCUGGAGGAAAUCUGCCAUGACCUGGAGGCCAGGGUGGAGGAGGAGGAAGAGCGCUGCCAGCACCUACAGGCCGAGAAGAAGAAGAUGCAGCAGAACAUUCAGGAACUGGAGGAGCAGCUGGAGGAGGAAGAGAGUGCCCGGCAGAAAUUGCAGCUGGAGAAGGUGACCACGGAGGCCAAGCUGAAGAAGCUGGAGGAGGAGCAGAUCAUCAUGGAGGACCAGAACUGCAAGCUGGCCAAGGAGAAGAAGCUGCUGGAAGACAGAAUUGCCGAGUUCACCACUAACCUCAUGGAGGAGGAGGAGAAGUCCAAGAGUCUCGCCAAGCUCAAGAACAAGCACGAGGCCAUGAUCACCGACCUGGAAGAGCGCCUCCGCAGGGAGGAGAAGCAGCGGCAGGAGCUGGAAAAGACACGCCGGAAGCUGGAGGGAGACUCCACUGACCUCAGCGACCAGAUUGCUGAACUGCAGGCACAGAUCGCCGAGCUCAAGAUGCAGCUAGCCAAGAAAGAGGAGGAGCUCCAGGCUGCCCUAGCUAGAGUGGAAGAAGAAGCUGCCCAGAAGAACAUGGCCCUAAAGAAGAUUCGGGAACUGGAAUCUCAGAUUUCAGAACUCCAGGAAGACCUGGAAUCGGAACGUGCUUUCAGAAAUAAGGCUGAGAAGCAGAAACGGGACCUUGGAGAAGAGUUGGAGGCACUAAAGACAGAGCUGGAAGACACACUGGACUCCACGGCUGCUCAGCAGGAACUCAGGUCCAAACGUGAGCAGGAAGUGAACAUUCUGAAGAAGACCCUCGAGGAUGAGGCCAAGACUCAUGAGGCCCAGAUCCAGGAGAUGCGGCAGAAGCACUCACAGGCUGUGGAGGAGCUGGCCGAGCAGCUGGAACAGACCAAGCGGGUGAAAGCCAACCUGGAGAAAGCCAAGCAGACCCUGGAGCACGAGCGAGGCGAGCUGGCCAACGAGGUCAAGGCCCUGCAGCAGGGCAAGGGUGAUUCGGAUCACAAGCGCAAGAAGGUGGAGGCCCAGCUGCAGGAGCUGCAGGUCAAAUUCAGUGAAGGAGAGCGCGUGCGCACCGAGCUGGCCGACAAGGUCACCAAGCUGCAGGUGGAGCUGGAUAACGUGACAGGUCUGCUCAACCAGUCUGACAGCAAGUCCAGCAAGCUCACCAAGGAUUUCUCGGCACUGGAGUCCCAGCUGCAGGACACCCAGGAGUUGCUGCAGGAGGAGAACCGGCAGAAGCUGGGCCUGAGCACCAAGCUGAAGCAGCUGGAGGAUGAGAAGAACUCCAUCAAGGAGCAGCUGGAGGAGGAGGAGGAAGCCAAGCACAACCUGGAGAAACAGAUUGUCACCCUGCAGGCCCAGGUGACUGACAUGAGGAAGAAAAUGGAGGAUGGCGUGGGUUGCCUGGAGACGGCUGAGGAGGCCCGGCGGAAGCUCCAGAAGGACCUGGAGGGGCUGAGCCAGCGGCAUGAGGAGAAGGUGGCUGCCUAUGACAAGCUGGAGAAGACCAAGACGCGGCUGCAGCAGGAGCUGGACGACCUGCUCGUGGACCUGGACCACCAACGCCAGAGCGUCUCCAACCUGGAGAAGAAGCAGAAGAAGUUUGACCAGCUCCUGGCAGAGGAGAAGACCAUCUCAGCCAAGUAUGCGGAGGAGCGUGAUCGGGCCGAGGCAGAGGCCCGUGAGAAAGAGACCAAGGCACUGUCGCUGGCCCGAGCCCUGGAGGAGGCCAUGGAGCAGAAGGCAGAGCUGGAGCGACUCAACAAGCAGUUCCGCACGGAGAUGGAGGACCUCAUGAGCUCCAAGGAUGAUGUGGGCAAGAGCGUGCAUGAGUUGGAGAAGUCCAAGCGGGCACUGGAGCAGCAGGUGGAAGAGAUGAAGACACAGCUGGAGGAGCUGGAGGAUGAGCUGCAGGCCACCGAGGACGCCAAGCUGCGGCUGGAGGUGAACCUGCAGGCCAUGAAGGCACAGUUCGAGCGUGAUCUGCAGGGCCGUGAUGAGCAGAGUGAGGAGAAGAAGAAACAGCUGGUCAGACAGGUGCGGGAAAUGGAGGCAGAGUUGGAGGAUGAGCGGAAGCAGCGCUCCAUGGCAGUGGCCGCCCGGAAGAAGCUGGAGAUGGACUUGAAGGACCUGGAGGCGCACAUUGAUACAGCCAACAAGAACCGCGAUGAAGCCAUCAAGCAGCUGCGCAAGCUGCAGGCCCAGAUGAAGGACUACAUGCGUGAGCUGGAGGACACACGAGCCUCUCGCGAGGAGACCCUAGCCCAGGCCAAGGAGAACGAGAAGAAGCUCAAGAGCAUGGAGGCCGAGAUGAUGCAGCUGCAGGAGGAACUGGCGGCCGCUGAGCGUGCCAAGCGCCAGGCCCAGCAGGAGCGGGAUGAGCUGGCUGAUGAGAUCGCCAACAGCAGCGGCAAAGGAGCCCUGGCGCUGGAAGAGAAGCGGCGGCUGGAGGCCCGCAUCGCCCAGCUGGAGGAGGAGCUGGAGGAGGAGCAGGGCAACACGGAACUGGUUAAUGACCGCCUAAAGAAGGCCAACCUACAGAUUGACCAGAUCAACACCGACCUGAACCUGGAGCGCAGUCAGGCCCAAAAGAAUGAGAACGCGCGGCAGCAGCUAGAGCGCCAGAACAAGGAGCUGAAGGUCAAGCUUCAGGAGAUGGAGGGCACUGUCAAGUCCAAGUACAAGGCCUCCAUCGCAGCCCUCGAGGCCAAGAUCGCACAGCUGGAGGAGCAGCUGGACAACGAGACCAAGGAACGCCAGGCCGCCUCCAAGCAGGUGCGCCGGGCCGAGAAGAAGCUGAAGGACGUGUUGCUGCAGGUGGAGGAUGAGCGACGAAAUGCUGAGCAGUACAAGGACCAGGCUGACAAGGCGUCCACCCGCCUGAAGCAACUCAAGCGUCAGCUGGAAGAGGCCGAGGAGGAGGCCCAAAGAGCCAACGCCUCCCGUCGGAAGCUGCAGCGUGAGCUGGAGGAUGCCACAGAGACAGCCGACGCCAUGAACCGUGAAGUCAGCUCCCUCAAGAACAAGCUCAGGCGUGGAGAUCUCCCAUUCGUGGUGCCCCGCCGAAUGGCCCGGAAAGGGGCUGGUGACUGCUCGGACGAGGAGCUGGACGGCAAAGCGGAUGGCGCUGAGGCCAAGCCUGCUGAAUAAGGAACCCAUGGGACCCCUUCCCAGCCUCCCGCAGCGCCCCCUGCUGGGGCCUGCUGGGGCCUGCUGGGACUGUGACCCCACCCCUCUGCACCCCAGGCCUUGUUGAGGGCAUUGGCUUCCUCUGCUGUAGCCCCUCCAGCUGCCCCCCCUCCAUAGCCCCCAACUCACAGUUCUGAUACCAAAGAGUCAGGGGCGUGGGCCCAUGCCGGAGGCCCAGGAGGGAGUGCCCCCUUGUCCCCAGCCCCCUCUCCCCGCUGAGCACAGGCCACUGAGGUGUGGAGGGCAGACUGCUGGGGAAAGACAUGCAGGUUUUCUAUGAAUCUAUUUUUCUCAAGACUAAAGGAGUUUUGAUAGCCCAGCCCCCACCUCUACUCUGCCACCAGCUGUCCCCUCUUCCUCCCUGCUCCAUUGUUGGCAAUCAACAAGUGGUAACCUCACCCCUGCCCUAUCGGCUCCCUGCUCCUGUGGCCCUGGGUGGUCCAGAAGGGGCAGGCCCAGCGGCCCCACCUCUGUGCGGGGCACAGAGUGCCGAGGGCAGGCAGCACCACGGUUCUGCCAUCCCCUUCCCAAUUCCAAGGCGUCUCAAGUGCAAUGCCACUCCCCUCCUUCGCCAAGGACAGCCCUGCCACCCCCACAGCCAGGCUAUUGGGCCCAGUAGGUGAGGCAAGCAAUCUGCCAAUAGCUUCUCCCGUCACUCUUGGGGACCAAAUGUAUUUAAUGGUUAAGGGACUUAUCCCAGGACUGCAGCCAGAGCAUCAGAGAGGGCCUGAGAACCCACACGCGUCCCUGCAUGGAUGCCAGGACUGGGCUGAGGGCACCUUGUCUACCCCACCCACUUGGUCCAGCUGAGUCCCUGCCACCUGCAGGGAGAUUUUUGAAAGCAGGAGUUUCCUUUUUUCUUUCCCCCACUUCUUGUAACGAACGAUCAAAUGCCGAGUGUUUAUCACUGCCUUUCCUUUGGAACUGUGCUUAGAGAAGAGUAGCUCACCCUACACUGGUCUACACUGGUUGCUGAAUUUACUUGUGUUCCUAACUGUUUUGGAUAUGCUGCGUUUAGACUUACUAUGACAAGAUGGCAAUUUUUAUUUUAAAGGAAACAAACUCAACAAACCAUGAAUCUUAUAUCAAAGCUAUGUAUGCCUACCAAGCUCUGAAUUCAGGUCCCAGCGCUGGCACAGCAGGGCCCAGAACUUUCUCCCACUCCCCCCUUUUUUUAUAUACUGAAAGUGCCUUAGCAUGUGUGUGGCGCCACCACUACAGUCAGCUGGUUUACGGAGAUUUCCACUGAGCAUCACAAUAAACAGUACCAUGUGCUA